AUGACUAAAUCGCCGUAUUCACAGACAGGUGGGAUCACGACCGUGGUCGUGCAAACGGAAGCACUAGAUGUCGUGCUGCUGGACGCCUUUGUGGUACUGCUAGCCAUAGUGGUAACAGGACCGGUUGACGUUGCUGACGUUGUUCUUGAUGAGAUCGUGGAUGAGAUCGUGGAUGAGAUCGUGGAUGAGACCGUCGAGCUGGUCGUCGAAGAUAUUGUUGAUAUGGUCGAUAGGCUACAGCCGUCCGGCGGUGUUCCGCAUGGUUCCAGCGACUGA